UGUAGUUUUAGUGAUCGUACUGAAGACGUUUAUUUUUCAAUACAGGUGCACAAAGCCUGCUAAAUUGAAACACGUGCAUGAGCUAUUCAUAUCACCUUCUGAUGCCAACAUAGUUGAUGUGGUUGACGCUGUACUGUCAUACCCCAGGCAGUCCUUGCAUAUGGUGAACAGCCGGGUGCAGUUUCACAGGAGACAUGCAGCGCAAGUGGGGCUGCCAAGUCGAAGUUUGCUCGGGUAUAUUAUUCAGUGUACUACUAUCCUUCCUGUUCCCAGAAGAAGCAGUCAAAUCGGAUCAACCGAUCAUGCACUACGUAUGAUUUGGGAUGUUGUCACGUACAAGCUAUACGCUCUUGCAAUCAAUGGUUAUAUAUUGACAGCUGUGCACUCUACACGACAAAUGUUAGAGAUGACAUGGCCCUCGCGUCCGUGUCUUUCACAGGUCUCCAAAUGCCAUGUAUUAGCUUUGUGCCAGGACUCUAGUUUGUAUGUAGCUGACCAGCAGCUACACUCCAAGCUGCUCGGAUACCUGAGCCUGCGAAUAUAGAUGCCGCUUAUACAUUCAUAUAGUAUAUUUACAGAGUUAACGCUAUAAGCUUUCAUCCUCG